CGUCGCUCUGAUUGCACGUCGCGCUCACACAACCUCAUUAUCGACACGUGCGGCGCAACACUAUUUUGUUGUUCUUAACAUAUACAGCCUACAAUUAAAUGUGUUCUGUGAACUUGUGGGGUAGUCGAAUUCUAUAGAUUCCCGACUAGAUAACAAGAAUCAACACUUAGAGUAGCACUUAGGCCAGUGAAGUGUAACACAAAGGGGAUAUGUUCUGUGACAAUAGUUUGUCUAACACAAGAGACAGAAGGUGACAAUUGUGUUUUGUUCACAUAUGACAGUGCUGUGACUAUUGAUAAUGAUUGUUUGGAGAACGAAGAACACGAGUCGUCGGAAAUAUAGUGGCUGGUCCAAAAUGUCGGCACAUCUCUCAUCUCACAUAUCAAGGACGACCGUCAUCUGGUUAAUGCUUGCCUUGGUUAAUACGAGAGUUCGCGCAGGUGAGCUAUGGCCGAUGGAGAGGCCGGAAGGCAUGCCGGUCAUACAAUCGCUUGAGGUAAUGUGCGGCAAGGAUCACAUGGACGUGCACCUCACAUUCUCACAUCCCUUCGAGGGCAUCGUCUCAUCGAAAGGACAGCACGGUGAUCCGCGAUGUGUGUACGUGCCGCCGUCCACGGGUCAGACUUAUUUCUCGUUUAGGAUCGCGUACGCGAAAUGUGGCACUAAACCUGACUUGCACGGUCAGUUCUACGAGAACACAGUAGUGGUGCAGUACGACAAAGAUCUGCUGGAAGUAUGGGACGAGGCAAAGCGGCUGCGCUGUGAGUGGUUCAACGACUAUGAGAAGACAGCCUCCAAGCCACCAAUGGUCAUCGCAGAUCUCGACGUUGUACAGCUGGAUUUUAGAGGUGACAAUGUGGACUGUUGGAUGGAAAUACAAGCAGGCAAAGGUCCCUGGGCGCCGCCUGUUUCUGGGAUCGUCCCACUCGGAUCAACUUUGACUCUCGUGGUAGCCAUCAAUGAUUACCGAGGUGAGUUCGAUAUGCGAGUGAAGUCGUGCGCCGCGUCGGAUGGCUCGGGACACGUUAUUCAGCUGUCUGACGAAUACGGAUGCGUUCUACGUCCAAAGAUGAUUUCCAGAUUUCUCAAGGCCAAAGCAGCGGACGAACGAGCGACAGUCAUAACUUACGCGUUCUUCCACGCGUUCAAAUUCCCCGACGCGUUGAGUGUGCAUAUUCGCUGCAAGGUGGAGAUCUGCAGACACGGCUGCCUCGACCAUUGCCAGCUCGCGGGCGUCACGCCGCAGCGACACGCACUUGAUAGGAAGGACGAUCGUGCUCAUCAGGACCAUAAUGAGAUCAGUGACUCUUCGGCUGAGGGUUCGGACACGAGUCUAGCAGAAGAGUAUCAGCGUCUCCCUCUAGAGGAAGCAUUCGGUGACGAGGUGUCAGGUGACGUAGUUCCAGCCCCGGCGCCUCUGCCACAGCGAGCUCCAGCGCCCGUCGAAGAUCCGGAGUCUGAUCAGAUAUCGACUUUAGAAGAAGCAUUUGAAUCUUUGAACAGGAGACCAUUUACUGAUCGGGCACCUGAAUACGAACAUUUCCCACAUGGACCACGAAACCUUGCGAAUAGCGAUAAAGCGGGACAAAACGGAGAAACUAUGACCUCGCCUAAAGGUCGCGGGCCGGCUGUCGCGGGUCCCAGAUCUCUACGAAAGCGACGCACUGUUCGUGACUCAAGAUCCGCAGAUGUCGGCGUUUCUGGAAUAUACGAAGUUGUUUCCGAAGCUGAUUUAGCUUUUGGACCUUCCAGAGAACCCGUCACCGUGUUCAGCGGAAGAAUACGCGAAGAGGUUGUAUACGGCGUGUGUAUGGGUGCGUUGAGUUUCGGCGCUCUUUUCGCGUCAGCUGCUGGCGCUGCAGCAGGCGCAGCAUUAGCUGCUGCUGUCAUGCUGCACCGUCUGCGGUCAAGGAUGGCCGCACAGCAAGUACCCGUAUCACCCGCGCCUGCCUCGCAAUCACUCGCCGCCUGGAUGGCUCUCAGACUGCUAGGCUCUCCUCAUCCACACCAUUCACAUGAAGGCUGAUCUUAUAUAGGAAUUGUUAACAAGACUGUCUUAGUUCUAGCAUCCAAUAAAUGUGGGUUACGACUAUAGUGACACUUGCCAUCCCUCACUUUCUAUUCGAUAAGAUAGAGACAACGAUAUGUUGCAUUACAAGUGUCAUGGCAGUUGAAACCCAUGACAAACCGCAUUUUAUUUCGUAAUAAAAUAAUCAAUUUUUUGCACUUACUGCCACAUUCAGUUGUUUAGUGGUCAUUUGAAUAGUAGAUUUUUCAUACAAAAUCCUUUAAUCGAUUUUGCCGUAUUUAGAAGUUUUUAAAAGGUCAGUGCUUAUUUUGUAUACUUAAUAUACUUUGAAAUGUCUUUUUUUAUAUCAUUA